AUGUCCAGCGAGGCGAAUCCCGGCGCCGCCCGCAUUCACCCAGGGCUGACCGGCUUCCCGGAGGUCCAGGACGCUGCUUCGCCACUCUGGCGAGCGGUCGGGCAGGGGCAGAACGGGGAAGUGCAGCUCGUGGUGGGGGCGCCCACGGCCACCUGGCCCGCCAACGCGUCGGUGCUCAGUCCCGGGGCCAUCUACAAAUGCAGGAUCGGAAGGAACCCCGACCGGACGUGCGAACAGCUCCAGCUGGGUAGCCCUACUGGAGAACCCUGUGGAAAGACAUGUUUGGAGGAAAGAGACAAUCAGUGGCUGGGGGUCACACUUUCCAGACAGCCAGGAGAAAAUGGAUCCAUUGUGACUUGUGGUCAUAGAUGGAAAAAUAUAUUUUACAUGAGGCAUGAAAAUAAGCUCCCUACUGGUAUUUGCUAUGGAAUGCCUUCUGAUUUACGAACAGAACUCAGUAAAAGAAUGGCUCCAUGUUACCAAGAUUAUGUGAGAAAAUUUGGAGAACACUUUGCAUCUUGUCAAGCUGGAAUAUCUAGUUUCUUCACAGAGGAUUUGAUUGUGAUGGGAGCUCCAGGAUCAGCUUAUUGGACUGGCUCUCUUUUUGUCUACAAUAUAACUGCAAAUAAAUACAAAGCCUUCGUAGACAAGCAAAAUCAAGUAAAAUUUGGAAGUUAUUUAGGUUACUCAGUAGGUGCUGGUCACUUUCGGAGUCCACAUACUACAGAAGUAGUUGGAGGAGCCCCUCAGCAUGAACAGAUUGGUAAAGCCUAUAUAUUCAGCAUUGAUGCCAAAGAACUAAAUAUCUUAUAUGAAAUGAAAGGUAAAAAGCUGGGCUCCUAUUUUGGGGCUUCUGUCUGUGCCGUGGACCUCAACGCAGAUGGUUUCUCAGACCUGCUGGUGGGAGCGCCCAUGCACAGCACAGUCAGGGAGGAGGGCAGAGUGUUCGUGUUCAUCAACUCUGGUGCGGGAGCAGUAAUGAAUGAAAUGGAAACAGAGCUCAUUGGAAGUGACAAAUACGCUGCAAGAUUUGGGGAAUCUAUAGUUAAUCUCGGUGACAUUGACAAUGAUGGCUUUGAAGAUGUUGCUAUUGGAGCGCCACAAGAAGAUGACUUGCGAGGUGCCAUUUAUAUUUACAAUGGCCGAGUAGAUGGCAUCGGGUCAAGCUUCUCCCAGAGAAUUGGAGCGCUUCAAAUCAGUGAAUCAUUAAGUAUGUUCGGACAGUCUAUAUCAGGACAAAUUGAUGCAGAUAAUAAUGGAUAUAUAGAUGUAGCAGUCGGUGCUUUUCGGUCUGAGUCUGCUGUGUUGCUAAGGACAAGACCAGUAGUAAUUGUUGAAGCAUCUUUAAGCCACCCUGAGUCUAUAAACAGAACAAAAUUCGACUGUGUUGAGAAUGGAGUGCCCUCUGUGUGCAUGGAUCUAACGCUUUGUUUCUCAUAUAAAGGCAAAGAGGUUCCAGGUUACAUUGUUUUGUUUUAUAACAUGAGUCUGGAUGUGAACAGAAAGGCAGAGUCUCCAUCAAGGUUUUACUUCUCUUCUAAUGGAACUUCUGAUGUCCUCGCAGGAAGCAUACAAGUAUCGAGCAGAAGAGCCAACUGCAGGACACAUCAAGCACUUAUGAGGAAAGAUGUGCGGGAUAUCCUCACCCCAAUCCAGAUUGAAGCUGCUUACCACCUUGGGCACCAUGUCAUCAGCAAACGCAGUACAGAAGAAUUCCCACCCCUGCUGCCAAUCCUUCAGCAGAAGAAAGAAAAAGACAUGAUUAAAAAAGUGAUAAAUUUUGCAAGAUUUUGUGCCCAUGAAAAUUGUUCUGCUGAUUUACAGGUUUCUGCAAAAAUUGGAUUUUUCAAGCCACAUGAAAAUAAAACCUAUCUUGCUGUGGGGAGUAUGAAGACAGUGAUGUUAAAUGUGUCCUUGUUUAAUGCGGGAGAUGAUGCCUACGCCACGACACUGCAUAUCAGACUACCUACAGGGCUUUACUUCAUUAAGAUUUUAGACCUGGAAGAGAAACAAAUAAGCUGUGAAGUUACAGACAACUCUGGCACAGUCAAACUCCACUGCGCUGUUGGUUACAUAUAUGUAGAUCAUCUCUCCAGGAUAGAUGUCAGCUUUCUUCUGGAUGUGAGCUCACUCCGCAGAGCAGAAGAGGACCUCAACAUCACAGUGCUUGCCUCCUGUGAAAAUGAAGGAGAAAUGCACAAGCUGCAGGACAACAAAGUGACCUUAGCAAUACCUCUGAGAUACGAAGUUAUGCUAGCUGUUCAUGGGUUUGUGAAUCCAACUUCAUUCGUGUAUGGAUCCAGUGAGGACAGUGAACCCGCAGCAUGCAUGACUGAGAAAAUGAACUUCACUUUCCAUGUUAUCAACACGGGCAUUAGCAUGGCUCCCAAUGUUAGUGUGGAAAUCAUGAUUCCAAAUUAUUUUGUUCCCCAUACUGACAAACUCUUCAACAUUUUGGAUGUCCAGAUGACUACCGGACAAUGCAAGUUUGAAAAUUAUCCGAGAGAAUGCGAAACAGAGCAGCCGCGGUAUGCUGCGGAGACCCUGAAAGGCAUCUUUACAUUCUUGUCAAAGACUGAUAAGAGGGUAUUGUACUGCAUGAAAGCUGACCCAUACUGCUUAAGUUUCUUAUGCAAUUUUGGGAAAAUGGAAAGUGGAAAAGAAGCCAGUGUUCACAUUCAGUUAGAAGGCCGGCCGUCCAUUCUGGAAGUGGAUGACACAUCAGCACUCAAGUUUGAAAUAAGAGCAACAACUUUUCCAGAGCCCCAUCCCAGAGUUAUUGAACUAAACCAGGAUGAGAAUGUAGCACAUGUUCUGCUGGAAGGAUUACAUCAUCAAAAACCCAAACGCCAUUUCACCAUAGUGAUUAUUUCAAGUAGUUUGCUACUUGGAUUUGUUGUACUUUUUUUGAUUUCCUGUGUUAUGUGGAAGGCUGGCUUCUUUAAAAGACAAUACAAAUCUAUCCUCCAAGACGAAAAUAGAGAUAGUUGGAGUUAUGUCAACAGCAAAGGCAAUGAUGGUGAUGAUUAAAGACUUUUUUCAAAUUGAGAGAACUGAAAACAGACUCAGGUUAGACUAAAAACACUGUUUACAAGAAAACAAUCUUUCCUCAGACUUUUUUUGUGCAUUUCCUUGUGUCACUGAGGUAAAAAUUUAAGCCCUGACUGUUCUUCCAAAGAAAAUAGCUCCAAAGUUAUAAAUCCAGCCGAAGAUGAUCUUGCAAGUAUUAAAUGGGUAGAAGAACACUACAGCCUUCAACUUACUCAAGAAACGUAAACCCUGAAAGAUAACUUGAAAUGAAAAUAUUGGAGGUGGAAAAUAAGCAUUGACUCAUUUCAAAUACAUCUUUGAGACUUGCUUGAAAAAUGUUCUUGAAAAUCAUUUUGUGGAAUUUUCAAAGGGCUGUUUUCAUGAAAGGCUUAUUUGUAAUGCAUUUCCUGUGGACUCUACUUCAGCAACCAUUUUAUUCAAUAGACUAUGAAUAUUAUAGGCCUGAUGUACAAAUUUCAUACUGAAACAAUACACUGGUUUGAGGUUAAUAGGAAGACUUCUGGAUAAGUACAGAGCUAUGUGCGUUUUCUUUUUUCUACACAUCCAUACAUGCUACUACAGGUAUAAAUCUGAUAGUCUCCUACAAUACACAUUUAUCAAGAGUACCUUGGGGUCAAUUAUAAGAAACACCCUGAAAUUUUUUGUUUAUAAAAAAAUUCUUAAGUAUUCUAAAACAACAGAUUGUAAAUGUUUCACUUUAGCUAAUAUACACUGAUGUAUUUAAGAAAUAUGAAAACUAGACCUCAUUAGUAAUUUUAAAAAGCUGUGCAAAAAUGAUUAGGGGACUGAUAUUUCAGACAGACUGGGUACUACAUAAAAUACCUUUCUAAAUUAAGCAAAUACAUAUUUUACUCAGGUCUAUAAACAUUCUCUACACUGAAAGUACACAUUUAGACUAUAUACAAUAAUAUAAAAGUAACAGCAAAAUUUCUAUCAGAUGUUUGAAUGGAAGCUAAAAUUUUUUAAAUUAUAGGUGGUUAUAUUUUAAAAUGAAAUAGCUUCUUGUUG